AAAAAAAAAUUCACUUGUUAUUUCUUAACGCUUGGACUUAAAAUUGUUUAUUAUUAAGAAUUUUAUAUGAAAAGUAGAUUAAUUCGCACAAAAUGAAUAAUAUGGAAAUUGCAGAAUAUGAUGAAACGGGUUGGCAACAAAACCGCACUAAACCGGAAGGAGAAGAUGAAGAAAUGCCCGAAGACAAUCCUCAGGAAACUAUACGUGAAUGCUUGGAGAAAUUCCUUACACCUGAUUACAUUAUGGAACCAGGCAUAUUUACUCAGUUAAAACGUUAUUUCCAGUCUGGCGGGUCUCCAGAAGAAGUCAUUAUGAUGUUAUCGGAGAACUAUAAGGCAGUAGCUCAAAUGGCCAACUUGUUGGCUGAAUGGUUGAUAUUAGCUGGCGUUAAGGUGACCGAUGUGCAAGCGAUGGUAGAAAAUCAUUUAAAGGAUAUGAUUUUGAAAACAUUUGAUCCGAAAAAAGCUGAUACUAUAUUCACAGAGGAAGGUGAAACACCUGAUUGGUUAACGGAGAUGAUAGACCAUCCCACUUGGCGUUCUUUGAUAUAUCGUCUGGCUGAAGAAUAUCCUGAUUGUUUAAUGUUGAAUUUUACAAUUAAAUUAAUUUCGGACGCUGGCUUCCAAAGUGAAAUAACAUCAAUAUCAACGGCUGCUCAACAAAUUGAAGUAUUUUCUAGAGUUUUGAAAACGUCUAUAGCAAAAUUUCUGAGUAAUCCUGAAGACAUACAGGGGGCUAUACAGGAAUGCGCGCGUAUGGUGUGUCAUGGACAGCAUACAUAUGUUUACUCUCAGGUUUUGAUACAAGUACUCAGUCAAGAACAAAAAGGUGGCUUCAAUAUGAAACGGCUAGCACAGGAGAUUACAAAAUAUGCUUUACAAAAUAAUCAGAAUGUCACACCAAUAACAAUGGCCCUCAAUGGCUCAGCUGCUUAUCCGCAGGCUUGUCAGGCUUUAUCUUCGAUGCUUUCCCGCAAUACUUUAAAUCCGGCCGAUAUUACUGUGCUAUAUCGGAAUUAUUCAGGUCCUGACCCCCCUCCUAUAGAUUUAAUUAGAAAUCCACAGUUUUUGGAAUUGUUAGUGGAUUCUCUUUUUAAAGCUGGUGUAAAAAUUAAUCCAGAGCAUAAGCCGAAAUAUAUUUAUUUGCUGGCAUAUGCUGCUUCUGUGGUGGAUACGCCUGCUAAAAAGCGGCCUUUAGCAGAAAGAGUUUUAAAUAAAGAUGAGCUAAAAAAUACUACGCAGGCCGUUGAAAAGGUACACGCUAUAUGUAACGUAAAUAAGGGCUCCACAGAACUGAUAGCUGAACUGCAAACUCUAUAUAAUUGUAUUAAGUAUCCCGUGGUGGGUGUAGGAGUAAUACGUUGGAUUGAAAAUACAGUUACCGAGCCUUCAUAUUUCAAGCUGUCUACCGAUAGCUGUCCGACGCAUUUGGCUAUAUUGGAUGAAGUGGCAGCAGUCCAUCCCACCUUACAUCAACAAAUUUUAAGUUUAUUAAUACGUUUAUUUGAAUCUAAGCAGGAUGAGUUAGAGAUAUUAGUCCAAUUGGAAAUGAAAAAAAUGCUGUUGGAUCGCAUGGUUAAUCUUUUGACGCGAGGUUGUGUAGUACCAGUUGUCAAAUAUAUUAAACAAUGCUGGGGCAAAGGUGAUACCGAUGUUUCCCUUAUACGCUAUUUCGUGACUGAAGUUUUAGAAACUAUUACCCAUCCUUAUUCACCGGAAUUCGUUUUACUAUUUCUACCGAUGGUGGAGAAUGAGGAAAUUACUGGGACAAUGCGUGGCGAGGGUGAUAAUGAUCCGGUAUCAGAGUUUAUUGGUUUGUUUCUUCAUUUCUAUCCAGAAACUUUUAACAAAAAUAUUAAAUUAUUAUUUUAUUUCUCCUUCAUGUCUAUUUUCAGUACACUGCAAGGCUCAUUACACGACUGUAUAAAUGGCAAUAUAUAAAAUUAUUUCCUAAGUCUUAGUCAAUUCAUUUGUGUCUUUGUAAUACAAGUUGUC